AUGAAGGAUGAAUCCUUGUGGCGGCAUCUCAUGUCUACCAGUGGACCCGUUCCAUCGUUAUCGGUGUUCACCAAAUCGAUAGAGAAGCCUUUGCAAGACGAUCGAGAAUACAGAAUCAUCCGCUUAGAAAAUGGUCUCGAAGCUACAUUAGUGUCUGAUUCAAAGGCAGACAAAGCAGCUGCUAGUUUGGAUGUAGCGGUGGGACAUCUCUCCGAUCCUGAUGAUAUGCCCGGAUUGGCACAUUUUUGCGAACAUCUUCUGUUCAUGGCACCAAAACGUUUCCGAAAGAAAACGAGUACAAAAACUACCUAG